CACCGCAACGUUCUUUCCCGAGACACCACAUGGAAAAUUCCUGCAAAAGCACCGCUUCUGCCACCGGCAUCGUGGACAAGCUGGGGGCCUGGAACCGAGCCUGGUGCGGAGACACCACCGAUUCCUCCGUUUCUCCAACUGCGGCGGAGGGAGACGAAGGCCGCGGUGGUGUCACCGGUGCCGGGGAGCACGCUCAUCCACGGGACAAUGGGAGGCCGCCAAAGUCGCCGCUGGAAGACGCGAGGCUCGCCCUCUCCCGCCUGCUCCAAGAACCACCCCCCACCGGUGGCGGCGGCGGAGACGGAAACGGAGGCGAGCGAGGAGUCCUAAGAGCCGUUGCCGACCGCAUCUUUUCGGUGCUGGACGAUACCCCCCACCGCGCCGGUGGAGCUUCCUUUCCGCCACACGGCACACGGCCCCCCCGCGAGCUCCUGCAGAUGGAGUGGCACGUGGUGCUGCUCCUGGAACUCUGGGCGUCCGGAACGCGUUCGGGAGGACCGCGAGAGAAGCGGGCACGGGCAAAGCCGUUGCCACCGCCAAGGCCGCAAGCACGCUCAUGGACCCCGUCGCUGGUGUCGGGCGUGCUGGCGGCCUCCGCGGGGCGGCGCCUCGCAAGGGAGGCGAAGCAGCGGAAGCGCGGCGCCAAGAAACCGAAAAAGAACAAGAAGAAACGAGCGGGCGGGAAUGGGGCCGAAUCCUUGCCCGCGGCCUUGGAAUCCAUGCCCGAGGCGGAGAAGGAGGCCCUGGUGGCCGACCACCUGGUGCGGGUCCUGUCCCGGGCCCCCUUUUUGCUGCCCCGGGAGGUACCACUCUCGGAAUUCCUGGCCGACCGCUGCCUUGGGCCGCACGGGGAGAGGCUCUCGGGCGGGGGGAUCCUUCCUCGCAUCUUCGAGGCCUUUGAGAUUCCCGCCGAUCUCUUUUCCGCUCCGGGGCAAAAGGCCGGCGACCGGAGCGGCGCGGGGAAAGAGCCCGAGGCGUCCGGCGUCCGAGCGGGCAGGAAGAAGCCCACCGCGACAACAGCUGCAACCACAACGGAACAGCCGGUGCCGCACAAGAAACGAAAACCGACGCGGCAGGAACGGCUGCAGAUCCUGGCAAGGAACAAGAAACGCCAGCGACUGGCGUCUCUCGCACUGUCCUCCAAGAAGAAGAACCGGGGGAGCCACUUCCACGGGCACAUGGACGACAUCUCCAAGCUACUGGACCAGAAAAGGUGGGGAGCGAACGCCAGGAGCAGCAGCACCGGCAAGCGCACUGCCGCCGGCACCCGGGAAGGGGUUCCCGCAAAUCCCCACAAGAGAAGGGCGGGAGGAACAUCCCUCCCGGCCGUGCCCGAUCGCCGCCCCAUCGAGAAACCCAUGAGGACCAGGGAGAACAACAUUCCUGCUCGGACCGACAGAAACCGUGGGGAUCCCGGAGUCAAACCAAGCCGCGGUGGCCCCGCCCCGGCCCGAGCCAAGGAUGCAUCCAGGCCGUCAUUCACCAACGAGAACGCCGGCGCGAUGCCACCGGCCGAUCCGACGCGGAAGUGCAACGAGACCAGCAGGGACAACAGCACCAGCACCAGCACGGCCAGCGACGCAAACCGCGGGGCCGAAACGAACCAUACCGGGAGCGACGGCGGAGGCAGCAAUGCCGGGAGCGGCAGCCACGGCACGAUUCUCUCUCCCGUCACGACGCCCAAGCGGCCUUCCCGCCCCCGCUGUGCCAGCGCGGGAGUCGUCGGGGAGACGCCCGUCCCCGCCGGUGCCCGCUCGUUCGAGUUUGUGGUGGGAGAAACCCCCGUUCGGGGCACCCGCUCCCGGACGUUUGUGGGAGAGACCCCCGUUCGGGGCGGUCGCUCCCGGACGUUUGUGGGAGAGACCCCCGUUCCGGCCGCUCGCUCCCGGACGUUUGUGGGAGAAACCCCCGUUCCGGUCGCUCGCUCCCGGACGUUCGUGGGAGAAACCCCCGUUCCGGUCGCUCGCUCCCGGACGUUUGUGGGAGAAACCCCAACCCCGGGGAGUGCCACUCCGCCGCCGCGGGCGUCGUCGUCUCCCGGGCACCUGUGGUUCUCUCCGCCGCCCCUCCUGCCAUCUCCCGCCAAGCUGAAGACCCUUCCGGCCAGGGGCGCCGAGGUUCCGUCCAGGCAGCCCGUCAAGCUGUUUGGGUUGCUGAAGCGCUCGAGCAGUGCGCAUUCGGACGGCUCCCACGCAGCGGGCGGAACGAACGCGGUCACGAGAGCAAGCGGGGGAAGGGCACCCCGGGGGAACGGCCCGUCUUCGAUCGACGCGGCGAGGGCCUACCUCCGAAGAAAGGCUGCGUGAGGCCUGAGUUCGUAGUUUCCAAUGGGGGGAGGGAAGGCUACAAAACGACUCGGGGUACGAUUGCUAUUUUCGAAAUUGCAUCCUUGGACCCAACACGAUACUAUUAUGCAGUCUAGUACAAUUCACUACGUGAAGUAUUUUGUCUUUUAAUUAUACAAUGUGGGUGAAGGCUCUGCCGGUAACGUUCGUUUGUUCGUCUGUACCGUCUCCUGAUGCAACUCCGUUUCAAAGGAAAUUGCAUUGCUUCAAUGUAGCUUUUCAAACCGAAUGACUAGUAUUUUUUCAUUACCAAGGGACCAAUCGUUAGCACCCAGAAAAAGCCGUACAUACAAUACAGAAGCCACUUUGAUCACAAAUACAAUAGAAUUGACUUGUGUGA